AUGUCUCCUCUCAACACCAAUGAUUUGCACCAGAUUUUCAAGAAUCUAGACCAAAAUGGUGAUGGCUUUGUGAGCCUUGCCGAGCUUGAAUUGCUUCUUGAGAGAAUUGGGAUGCAAUCCACACAAGAGGAGUUGGAGUCCGUAUCGGGAAAGACGAACCUUGAUCUUCUUGACUUUGAGUCCUUGUACGAUACCAUCAAGCAAAAAACUGGUGGUGAAAAUCAAGAUGGCGAUGGCGAUAAGGAACUGGAGAAUGAUCUUGUUGAGGCUUUCUAG